ACUUAUCUACAUUUUUUUUUUUUUUUUUAUUAUUAUUUUUUUUUUUUUAGUUUUCACGGUUAUUAUCGGUUAUCAUCCGAGUGAUGCUCUCUAAUGAAAUUCACUGGAGCGCAUUCCAAGUGAAGUGUUUGCUGCGGAUGUUUUGGACUGUUGCUCACUCAAACUAAAUACCUGAACUGCAGUUUUCCCAAAGUGUAACUGAAAUCAGACGGAAUGCAGAUAAUACUGUUUACAGCAUCAGUGCUUUUUGCGCACGACCUCGUCGUGGCCGAGCCGAAGGUGAAAUGUCCAUCCAAGUGUGAUGUGAGUAAAUGUCCGAGCCCGAGCUGUCCGAGCGGGUAUGUGCCCGACCACUGCAACUGCUGUCUCGUGUGCAGCCUGAGCGAGGGCGCGCCGUGCGGAUGGAAGGAUGACACUCCGUGCGGCGACGGGCUUGAAUGUAAAUUUCCAGCCGGCAAGCGAGUUUCCAAGGGUGUUUGCCACUGCAAGAUGGUGCACACAGUGUGUGGCAGCGACGGCAAGACCUACGGUAAUGUGUGCAAGAUGAGGACAGCCGCGCGUAAAGCGCAACAACAAGGGCAACCCGUAAUAACCCAAACGCACAAGGGUCCAUGUGCACCAUCAACCUCGGGUCCUGCACAUCUGAACAGCCCAAGAUACAAGUUUAACUUCAUCGCAGAUGUGGUAGAAAAGAUCGGCCCUGCUGUGGUCCACAUAGAGCUCUUCUUCAACCAUCCGCUGUUUGGCCGCCAUGUACCAUUGUCAAGCGGCUCUGGAUUCAUAAUGACGCAGUCCGGUCUGAUUGUGACCAAUGCUCAUGUGGUAACUAGCAGUGCAACAGUAACAAGCCGCCAGCAAGUACGAGUGCAGUUGCAUGAUGGCCAGACGUACAAGGCCUCCAUUAGAGACAUUGACAAGAAGUCUGACAUCGCCACUAUCAAAAUUAACCCAAAGAGAAAAUUACCAGUGUUAUUGCUGGGCCACUCUGCUGACCUGAGGCCUGGUGAGUUCGUGGUUGCCAUUGGCAGCCCAUUUGCUCUUCAGAACACAGUCACAACAGGCAUCAUCAGCACAACACAGAGAGAUGGAAAAGAGCUUGGUAUCCAUGAUUCUGACAUGGACUACAUCCAGACAGAUGCUAUCAUCAAUUAUGGAAACUCAGGAGGCCCACUGGUCAAUCUAGAUGGUGAGGUGAUUGGGAUAAACACACUAAAAGUGACUGCAGGGAUCUCCUUUGCCAUUCCAUCAGACCGAAUCAAUAAAUUCCUUGAUGAGUCUAAAGAUAAACAGAAGAAAGAUAUAAAAGACUCCAUGAAAAGGUUCAUUGGAAUCAAAAUGGUCACUUUAACAGAGAACCUGGUCCAGGGGUUAAAAUUACAUAAUCCAGACUUUCCAGAUAUCGGCAGUGGAAUUCUUGUCCACGAAGUUGUCCCAGAUUCCCCAGCUCAGAAGGGUGGGAUUGAAACAGGUGAUGUUAUAGUGAAGUUAAACGGCCGUUCACUGGUCAGCACAGGUGAAUUAAAGGAGGCGAUUCAGGAAGACAUUCCCCUUCUUCUGGAAGUUCGGCGUGGCAAUGAUGAUCUACUAUUCAACAUUGAACCUCACAUUUUUAUGCAGCAACAAUGACAGAGAUCUAAUGGACAAACAGACUGACAAUUUGACAGUCUACAGUGAAAGUGCAGCAGAUUGGUUGAGAAAGAUAUGUGCUUGAGUUUCUACAGCUGGAUGCAUAUGUGUGGAUAAAAGAGUUAACAUAUGCCAUCACCUCUGGCCUUCAUAGGACAAUUAGAGAAGAACAAUUGCCAACUGGACCACCUGACAAUAGAUUUAUCACAUUUAAUUAAUUGUCUGAAUGUUAAUAAAUUGAUGGUACUCUAUAGUAGUCAGAGGUAAUCACAGUGCCUUUCUUUUGGGCCUGUUUCUCAGUACAGAUCAAUAAUAUUUUAAGAAACUAAAAAGAAUUGAACAAUACACUUUAGAUUUAGGCCACUGAAUAUUCUUGGCACAAUAAGUAUAUUAAAUUAAAUUGAUGAGGUAAUGCACCAGUCCGAGUGGUCUUUGCACACAGCAUGUGCCGAUCUUGUUUAAUAGUGUCCAAUACACAAAAUAUUUGCACAGUGACACUGUAUUGUGAUGAAUAACAAGUAAAUACUCUGGAAUAAAUAUAAUUUUGUCAAAGGUGAUUUAAAGGGUCUUUAAUGAAUGUAAUUAAUAAACUCUUAGGAUUAAAUUGGAAUUAUUUCACUUAGCAUUUACAGUAUAUCACACUCUUUAUUCUGGUCUUGGAACAAGAGAGGCGAGGAUCCUUUCCAUUAUAGUUUUGUAAAAAUGAACCAGGAUGGUAGAGGAGGCAUUCAGCUUUUUGAGUUUCCUCAGAACGAAUAUUCUCUGUUGGACUUUUCUGGUUAUUGCAGUGAUAGUAUUCUCCGUCUUCCUCUAUCCUCAACUCCUGACAGUGAGUUGUGGACUUAGCACCAGAUUGUUGCCAGAACACCAUGCUGUCAUCUGGACCACAUCCUUUAUACAAAUGGACUUAUUGUUGAUGGUGAUGAGACCUAGUCUAGUGGUGUAACUGUCAAAUAGGAAGGGGUGGCAGUGAGAUGAAUGUUGGAUGGGGCACAGCAGGCCUAGAAGAGGUAUAUGGCCUGAGGAGCAGACAUAGAUGUUGAUAGGUAUCUCAAAGUGGCAGCAUAAGUAGUUUAGUUUGUCAGCUAAAGUUGAGGCAUUUGAGUUUGUAAGGGGGCAGCAGAGCUCUCUCAGCUUCCCAGGUUUGUUGGUGUUAAAUUUGUUUUG